AUGGAGAUUUCUCAUCACUUUCUAUGCCAUAACCACAACAAAGACAUUGGAAAAGUCCUCCUUGAAGACAUAGACUUGGACAGUGGCACUGUUCCAACUUAUAGCCCAGAAAUCACAAUAGAGCCGAUAAUUAUACCUCAAACUGCUCACAUACUAUAUGAAGAUAACUCAAAGGGUACAGAAGAAGUAGAGAUGAAACCCACAGAGUCUGUGCUACCUGAGCCUGUAGUACCUGAAGAACCAGUGAAACCCACUGAGCCUGUAGUACCUGAAGAACCAGUAAAACCCACAGAGCCUGUUGUACCUGAAGAACCAGUGAAACCCACAGAGCCGGUGAUACCUGAGCCUGUGGUACCUGAGGAACCAGUGAAACCCACAGAGCCUGUGAUUCCUGAGGAACCAGUGAAACCCACAGAACCUGUAGUACCAGAGAAACCAACAGAGAUUAUAGAACCAGCGCCUGCUACCUCACCAGCACCGCCAAAGCAUUCAGGAGAGUCUUGUACCUUUAACAAAGAUAUUGUGGCUGAUGGACAAACUGUGGAACUUGAUUGUGUCACAUGUAAUUGCAACAAUGGAGCCCUGACCUGUGUGAAAAAUAUGAGUUGUCCAGGUGUCUGUUCUGUGACUGCAUACCAGAUGAUUCGCACAUUUGAUGGCACAUUAUAUGAGACUCCUGGAACCUGCAGCUAUGUUUUGGUCAAAACAAAAGACUUCACUAUCACUCUGAACAAUAAGCCAUGCUCUGAUGUGAAGGAUCCGGAAGCAGUUUGUAUUGAUUCCGUAGAUGUGCAUAUUCCACAAAAGGCAAAUAUCAGACUACAGUCAGAUGGAAGCAUACUUGUGGCAGGAGAGAAGUCAGAUAUUCCAUUUUCUGUUCUAGAUACCAUUACUGUCUUAAGAAGUUCUUCAGUCUUUCUGGACGUGGUCAGCCAAACAUUUAAUCUGCAGUAUGACUUUGCUGGCAAUCGCCUUUAUGUUAUCCUUGAUGCCAGCAACAAAGAUACAACCAGUGGCUUGUGUGGGACUUACAAUGAUAAUCGUAAUGAUGACUACAGGAGCUCAAGUGAUAUGACUGAAACUGUGUCCGGCUUGUUCAGCAAAUCUUGGAAGACACAACCACAGUGCGCAGAAAGUCAAAAAUCACCAGAAAACACUGAUAACAAAGUAGAGGCUGAUCUGACUUGCGCUGACUCCCUGGAUAGUUCAAUUUUUGAAGACUGCGCCCUCCUGAUUGACACUCACAGCUACAAGACCUCUUGCGCUCACAGUGUAUACUAUGCUGGAUCUAGUGGACUUUGCUCUGCCUUGGCAGACUAUGCCUAUCGCUGUGCCCGUGCAGGAAUCACUGUCUCUGUUAGCUCUACAUUCUCAGACUGCACUCCGGCAUGUGAAGAUAAAAUGAUCUUCACUACAGAUGAUACAUUCUCUCAACAAGACUGCGCAGAAUAUUCUAUGAAGCUCCAGAAGAUUACAUCAUCAAUUCCUCUGAACGAAGCCUGUAUCUGCCCUCCCAACCUCUACUAUGAUGCUUCUAUCAAUAAAUGUGUAAACGGCGAUUCAUGCCCUUGCUACAGCAAAAACCACGUGUACCAGUUAGGAGAGAUCAUCACUCAGGCCGAUGGACAAACAUGCCCCUGUGAGAGAGUAUUACAGUGUGGAGAACCUGAACAGCCCCCAGCCCCUGAUGUGCAAACAUGUCCCAAAGGUGAAAUAUACUCAGACUGUUUAUUGGGCCAUGGCAAGUCAUGUGAGCCAUCUUGCCAGAACUUAGAAAUACUAGACCAAGUCUGCACUUCAACAUGUGAACCAGGAUGUGUCUGCAGGACUGGUAUGUUGAGGAGCAGUGAUGGAAAUUGUGUGCCACUAAAUGAGUGUCCUUGUGUGCAUGGCGAAGAUGUGUACAACCCUGGAGAAACACUGGCCCAAGACUGCAACACAUGCACAUGUGAAAAUGGCAAGUUUGUGUGCAGCAACAACCCAUGUAACAGAGUGUGUAACACUUAUGCCGGAUCCCAGUUCUUCCUGUUUGAUGGAGUCUGGAAGACCUUUCCUACAAGGCACUGUGCGAUUUUGCUGGUUGAGUCUGUGGAAGGUGUAAGCCCAUCAUUCAGUGUUGUCAUGCAAAAUACCCUAAAUGAGGAAGAUGGAGGAGCUUUACACAAGAAGAUCAUUACCAUCAAAUUUGGAGGAACUGCAGUGUUGCUCAGUGACUCUGACCCUGUGGUGAUAAAUGAUGUCGGUGCUAACUCUGAAUUUAAAACCUACCGCUCUGGAUUCUACGUGGUUGCCCAUUUCCUGGGAGGACUUGCUGUUUACUAUGAUCAACACUUGGAUGUCAUCAUUCAACUGGAGCCCAAACUACAGGGCAAAGUCCAAGGUAUGUGCGGUGAUGCAGAUGGAACUACAACAUCUGAGGUGGAAAUCAGUAACAUGGCUCAGUAUGCCUCUCGCUUCAUAAUUGGUGAGUGUCCUGAAGAUGAAAAUCCUCUACCUCCUCCAUCUGAGAAUCAUAAGAAGUUUGUGGAAAAUCGAUGCAACCUUCUCAAGAGCAGCGUCUUUGCUGAUUGCCAUUAUGUGGUCAAUGUGGAGCCUUAUUUCUCAGCUUGUGUGGAGGAGACAGAGGCCUGCAGAGAGGGUGAAAGCUGUCUCUGUUACUGCACCUCAUUGGCAGCUUAUGCACGUGCCUGCUGCCGAAAGGGGGUCACAGUCGAAUGGAGAGGCCCUGACACCUGCCCAUCUCCUUGUGAAUAUUAUAACAGAGAUGCUGGAGAGGGACCGUAUCGCCUUGAAAUGAUCAAUGGCAAAUCUCUGGUAGCUGAUUAUGAUAAUGGUGCAGUGGCACUGGAAGAGAUCAAAACUCCUGGAAAUCUUCAAGCAAGCUUUAUGGUUACCAAAGGCCUUUUUGUAGACCCAUUGAAUGGCAGAAGGUUGGUCUCCCUGGAGUCCGCUCAGCACCACAACUUCUUCAUUGUGCAGGAUAACGAUGGAAUGCUGAGCUUGAGGAAGUGGCAGCCAAGUGUGGAAUUCCGUUCACAGGCCACGUUCAUCUUGAGGCCAAGCCGUUUGGUGAAGAACUAUGAUGCUUUAGAAUCCUACAUAUCCCGUGGAAAUUAUCUGUCCCUUAACAACAAUAGGCUAGUUAUGUCACGGGUGAAGUCAGGAAGUAUGUUGCAGAUGAACUUCAAUUUAGUUGAGGAAACCUUUGGGUUGCCAUCGUUCUCUAUCUGUACAUGGAAAUACAGAGCUUGUGGUAACCCAUGCAUUCCAACAUGCCAAGAUCCCUUGGGUUCCAAGUGUACGUUAACACUCAAAGUUGAAGGCUGCUACCCCCUCUGUGCCCCAGGAAUGGUGUUUGAUGAAGUGACCCACCGCUGUGUACAAUUCGAGGACUGUAUCAAUCUGCCUCCUGUGAUGCCAUCUCGACAACCUGGAACUCUACCUCCCCAUACUCCACCUCCACAGACUCCACAUCCCGAGACUCCACAACCCGAGACUCCACAACCCGAGACUCCACCUACUCAGACUCCACCUCCCCAGACUCCACCUUCCCAGACUCCACCUCCCCCGACUCCACCUCCUCAGACUCCACCUCCUAACACUCAGCCUCCUCCUCUACCAAGUACUUCUAAGCAGAUUUGCACAGAGUGUCCCCCUAAACCUUUCUGCUUCAUGAAAGACUCUGAGCUUGUCGUUAUCAGAGAAGAUCCUUGCUGCCCAGAAUAUGAUUGUGAAUGUGGUCCUUGCAGUCUGCCACCAGACUGUGGACCCAAUGGCCUACUCAGCAAGUCUAUUGAUCCAGAAACCCAGUGUUGUUUCCAAUACAACUGCAGUGGUACUAAUAGUAAACCAACAAUACCACCUCCAGUCCCUGGCACAACACCGAACAACCCCAUCCAAACACUACCUUCACCUCCACCACCAUGCUUGGGUGUACUCUGUCCACCUGUAUCUUGUGAGAAGGUAGAUGAGAUUCCAGUGGUAGUUGAACCUUCUUCUGCCACUCGCUGCUGUCCAGUUAUUGAAUGCAAAUGCCCAAAGGAAUGCACUAUUCCCACAUGCACCAAUGACAGGCCACCACUGCUGGUUGGAUUCCCUGGAUUACAGUGCUGCCCAACACUUGAAUGUCCACCUCCACCAACACCACCUCCUCCUCCGUGUAGCCGAAUAACAUGCGCUCCUGAACCCACAUGUGAUAAAAAUGAAUAUAAGAUUCAAAGUGUAACAGAUGACCCUUGCUGCAAGACAUUCCUGUGUAUUCCUCAACCAACAACUUCUCCUACUCUUCCUUCUGUAACACCUUGUGAAACCAGUGGAUGCCCACCAGCAGACUGUAAAGAAGGUGUACAAGCAGUAGAGAUUCCAAACACAGAAAAUGCUUGCUGUCCCUCAUACAUAUGUAUAAGUACGCCAGUAACAACUGCUGCAUUGCCUUCAAGUGCUUCUAAUUGUCACGGUAUCACAUGCAAUGUGCCUGUGUGCUUACGUAAAGGAGAAAUAAAAGUCCAGGUUCCCACCUCUGAACCUUGCUGUCCAGCAUACGAAUGUCAGUGUGAUCCAUGCCCAGCAGCUCCUUAUUGUGGUGAUUCACAGCCACCAGAUGUGAGCUUCACCCUGGAUGCAGAUUGUUGUCCAAUAUAUCAAUGUCAACCACAAACAACACUUCCAUCCUAUACUACCACACCCAUUCUACCCUCACCUCCACCACCAUGCCUGAAUGUGCUCUGUCCUCCCGUGACUUGUACGAAGAUGGGUGCAGUCCCAGGGGUAGUUGAACCUUCUUCUGACACUCGCUGUUGUCCAGUUAUUGAAUGCCAAUGUCAAGAGAAAUGCAGUAUUCCCACAUGCGAUGAUAACAGGCCACCACUGCUGCUUGGAGACCCUGAAACAGAGUGCUGUCCCGAGCAUCAAUGUCCACCUCCACCAACCCCACCACCUCCACCAUGUAGACACGUAACCUGCGCUCCUGAACCCACAUGUGGAGCAAAUGAGUAUAAGAUUCAAAUUCCAAAUGAAGACCAUUGCUGCACGUCAUUCCUCUGCAUUCCUUUACUAACAACUCCAGCUCCCCCUAUUCCUGUAACACCUUGUGAAAGCAGCGGAUGUCCACCAGCAGACUGUAAAGAUGGCGAAAAAGCAGUAGAGAUGCCAAGCUCAGAGAAUUCUUGCUGUCCCUCAUACACUUGUAUACCUCCACCUCCACCACCAACUACUCCUUCAGUGGAAACAACUACACGUGGUCCCGAAUGUCACGGUAUCACAUGCAAUGUGCCUGUGUGCUUACGGAAUGGAGAAAGAGAAGUCCAGAUUCCCACCUCUGACACUUGCUGUCCAGCAUAUGAAUGUCAGUGUGAUCCAUGCCCAUCAGCGCCCUAUUGUGGGGAUAUGCAGCUAAUUGUGAACUUCAACUUGGAAACAGAGUGUUGUCCAAUAUAUACAUGCAUACCAAUACCAACAACACAACAGCCACCUCUACCCGAGACUACGACACCCACUCUACCUACACCUCCACCACCAUGCUUGAAUGUGCUCUGUCCUCCUGUGACUUGUACGAAGAUGGGUGCAGUCCCAGGGGUAGUUGAACCUUCUUCUGCCACUCGCUGUUGUCCAGUUAUUGAAUGCCAAUGUCAAGAGGAAUGCUAUAUUCCCACAUGCGAUGAUAACAGGCCACCACUGCUGCUUGGAGAUCCUGCAACAGAGUGCUGUCCCGAGCAUCAAUGUCCACCUCCACCAACCCCACCACCUCCACCAUGUAGACACGUAACCUGCGCUCCUGAACCCACAUGUGGAGCAAAUGAGUAUAAGAUUCAAAUUCCAAAUGAAGACCAUUGCUGCACGUCAUUCCUCUGCAUUCCUUUACUAACAACUCCAACUCCCCCUGCUUCUGUAACACCUUGUGAAAGCAGCGGAUGCCCACCAGCAGACUGUAAAGAUGGCGAAAAAGCACUAGAGAUGCCAAGCUCAGAGAAUUCUUGCUGUCCCUCAUACACUUGUAAACCUCCACCUCCACCACCAACUACUUCUUCAGUGGUAUCAACUACACGUGGUCCCGAAUGUCACGGUAUCACAUGCAAUGUGCCUGUGUGCUUACGGAAUGGAGAAAGACUAGUUCGGGUUCCCACCUCUGACACUUGCUGUCUAGCAUUUGAAUGUCAGUGUGAUCCAUGCCUACCACCUCCCUAUUGUGGUGAUAGCCAGCCAAUUGUGAUCUUCAAUAUAGAUACAGAGUGCUGUCCAAUAUAUGAAUGUCCACCGACAACAACAUCACAGCCACUUCCAACCUCUACUGCUCCACCCACUCAACCUCCACUACCUACACCUCUACCACCAUGCCUGAAUGUGCUCUGUCCUCCCGUGACUUGUACGAAGAUGGGUGCAGUCCCAGUAGUAAUGGAACCUUCUUCUGCUACUCGCUGCUGUCCAGUUAUUGAAUGCCAAUGUCAAGAGGGAUGCUAUAUCCCCACAUGUGAUGAUAACAGGCCACCACUGCUGCUUGGAGAUCCUGCAACAGAGUGCUGUCCCGAGCAUCAAUGUCCACCUCCACCAACCCCACCACCUCCAUCAUGUAGACACGUAACAUGCGCUCCUGAACCCACAUGUGGAGAAAAUGAGUAUAAGAUUCAAAGUCCAACUGAAGACCCUUGCUGCAAGGCAGUCUUCUGCAUUCCUAUACAAACAACUCCAGCUCCCCCUCCUUCUGUAACACCUUGUGAAAGCAGCGGAUGCCCACCAGCAGACUGUAAAGAUGGCGAAAAAGCACUAGAGAUGCCAAGCUCAGAGAAUUCUUGCUGUCCCUCAUACACUUGUAAACCUCCACCUCCACCACCAACUACUCCUUCAGUGGUAUCAACUACACGUGGUCCCGAAUGUCACGGUAUCACAUGCAAUGUGCCUGUGUGCUUACGGAAGGGAGAAAGAGAAGUCCAGAUUCCCACCUCUGACACUUGCUGUCCAGCAUAUGAAUGUCAGUGUGAUCCAUGCCUACCACCUCCCUAUUGUGGUGAUAGCCAGCCAAUUGUGAUCUUCAAUCUAGAUACAGAGUGCUGUCCAAUAUAUGAAUGUCCACCGCAAACAACAUCACAGCCACUUCCAACCUCUACUGCUCCACCCACUCAACCUCUAAUACCUACACCUCUACCACCAUGCUUGAAUGUGCUCUGUCCUCCCGUGACUUGUACGAAGAUGGGUGCAGUCCCAGUAGUAAUGGAACCUUCUUCUGCUACUCGCUGCUGUCCAGUUAUUGAAUGCCAAUGUCAAGAGGGAUGCUAUAUCCCCACAUGUGAUGAUAACAGGCCACCACUGCUGCUUGGAGAUCCUGCAACAGAGUGCUGUCCCGAGCAUCAAUGUCCACCUCCACCAACUCCACCUCCUCCUCCAUGUAGACACGUAACCUGCGCUCCUGAACCCGAGUGUAAAGAAAAUGAGUAUAAGAUUCAAAGUCCAACUGAUGACCCUUGCUGCAAGGCAAUCUUCUGCAUUCCUAUACCAACAACUCCCACUCCCCCUACUUCUGUAACACCUUGUGAGAGCAGCGGAUGCCCACCAGCAGACUGUAAAGAUGGCGAAAAAGUAGUAGAGAUGCCAAGCUCAGAGAAUUCUUGCUGUCCCUCAUACAAUUGUAUACCUCCAUCACCACCACCAACUACGCCUCCAGUGAUUUCAACUACACGUGGUCUCGAAUGUCAGGGUAUCACAUGCAAUGUGCCUGUUUGCUUACGAAAUGGAGAAAGAGCAGUCCAGGUUCCCACCUCUGACAUUUGCUGUCCAGCAUAUGAAUGUCAGUGUGAUCCAUGCCCAUCAGCUCCCUAUUGUGGUGAUAAGCAGCCAAUUGUGAAAUUCAACCUAGAAGCAGAGUGUUGUCCAAUAUAUGAAUGUCCACCAACACCCACAACACCACCGCCACCAACACCACCAUCAACACCUGAACACACUACUCCAAAAACAACUGUCAUCAUCUCUUCAACUACACAUGGAUGUAAGGACAGAACUUGCCCAGUCAAACAAUGCAAAGAUUUCGAAACAUUAGACACACAUUUUAAUCCAAAAGAUCCAUGCUGCCCACAUCAGACCUGUGAAUGUACCUGCAAGACUAUCCCAUCUUGUGACAGUGAUGAGAGACUGGUAGCAGUGCGCCAGAAUAACCAGUGCUGUCCGAAGCUUAAAUGUGAGAGGAAGAAAGAUGAAUGCCACCCAGUAAACACAGCAGUGAAUCUACAAUCCGGCCAUUGCAGUGCCAAUGUCAUCCUCGCCACUUGUAGUGGAUAUUGUCACUCCAGGACAGACUACAACAGCCUGUGGGCCCCAGUUUCUCAGUGUAGAGGCUGUUCUGUAACAUCAACACGUCCUAAGAACUUUGAGCUGUCCUGCCAUGAUGGCUCAAAAGCCCAUAUAACAGUGCAGGAAGCAUAUCAGUGUGGAUGCCGCCACUGUUCUGAUGAUGGAGGUAGUGGCGAUGGAAGUGGGAGUGGAAGUGAAGAAGAUGGAAGUGGGUUUUCCUUAUGGUCAAACUUUCAAGAGAAAAACUAAAUUUUAAGGAUGUAACUACCAUCUGAAAUAGACAAAGCUAUUUACCAAAGUUGUUACUUUUAUCAACUCUUUGAAACAGAACUAGAUUUAGAAUAGUCUGUUACAGUAUAUACAUUCCUUGUUCUCUGCACAUACUUGUACCUGUCACCACCUAGUGGUAGAAAGCAAUAAAAACAAAACAAAAACCCUUUAGAAUUAACAUUCACAAAAUUCUUCAACUGUAACCAUUAUUUUUGUACUAACAAACGUUAUGUAAAAAGAGAGAUUGCAGAAUAUAUUUCAACAAGUCAUAUGAAUAUUGUCAAUUAAAAAAAAAUUCUUAAAUUACAAACACAUAGCCUAGACAAUCAGUAAUUUAAGUACUAUUAUCAUUUUACCAUCAGUACAAAUGUUGUUUAAUCUGGAUAAAAAAACAGCACACACCCAGGAACUAGAGUUAGCUCUAUCUCAAUGUUGUAUAUGCAGAUUAUAUCUGAAUUUCAUAAUUUUGAAACAACCCUCAUAUAGUUACAUUCCACUGAAAUAUGUUAUAAAUGAAGGAUUUAUUUUGAUACCGGAGAUGAAGAAAUUUUGUGAAAGUAUAAAUAGAUUGUGAGUAAUUUUGAAUGUGAUGUAUAUAAAGCAAUGUGUUGAAGUACAGGCUUUUCAAGUGUGGUUUUAUUUCCUACUGUUUGUUAAGGCAAGGUAUACAUUUGAUUUAUGAAAACUUUGCCGUGAUUCUCUAAAUAAAAUGCUUUCAAUGAA